GUAUGUUCUUGAAAACAGUCUCAAAGGCUUAAUGCUUAGGGCUAAACAAUGGAGGAGCACACAGCCAGAUCUGAAGCUGUGAAAAGUCUGAAAGACAAGUUUCUGCAGGCUUUGCAACAUAAUGAUUUCGAGCAAGUGAGGCAUAUCUUGCACACUACAAGCAUAGAUGUCGACACUGUGUUUGAAGUCGAAGACAGAAACAUGAUUUUGGCAUCAUAUAAGCAAGGUUACUGGUUGCCCGGUUAUAAGCUGGAGUCCUCCUGGGCAACAGGCCUUCACAUCUGUGUGAUGUAUGGCUAUGUGGAGACUGCCUUGGUCCUUCUGGAGUACAAAGCCUCAAUCAGCAGAAAACCUAAUGGGAAGACACCUCUGCAUGUUGCCUGUGAGGUUUCUGACAGCGACAGCGUUUCUCUUCUAUUACAUCAUGGAGCGAAAGUCAACAGUGUUUCGCUGAGCGGGCACACACCACUGCAUUACUGCAUUACGAAAGAAUCAGUGGACUGUGCCAAGCAGCUCAUUCUGAAAGGAGCGAACCUGGACAGACACAGUGACAAUGUGGAUGAGGACACCCCCUUGCACACGGCCGCGCGGUUUGGGAUACCAGAGCUCACUGCAUUGUACAUUGCCCAUGGUGCACAAGUAGACAGUGUCAAUGCUCACAUGGAGACGCCCCUGAUCACGGCAGCAUUCUGGGCUCUCAACUACAAGGAGCAGGAGUACAGCUCAGAUCAUCACCUGGUCUGCCGCAUGCUGCUGGACUACAAGGCCAACGUCAAUCUGCAAGAAGAAGACUUCAAAACUGCUCUUCAUAAGGCUGCCUGGAACUGUGAUCACAUCCUCAUCCAGAUGUUGCUAGAGGCAGGGGCAAACGCCAGAAUAAUGGAUAUAAAUGGAUGUGCUCCAUUACAAUAUCUACUAAAAGUGACGUCUGUGCGUCCGGCAGGGGUGCCUGAAGUCUGCUACCAGCUCCUGUUAAACCACGGAGCUGCGAGAAUAUACCCACCUCAGUUCCACAAGGUGCUUCAGUCUUGCCAUCAAUAUCCCAGGGCAGUUGAGGUAAUGAUAAAUUCAUAUGAACAUAUCAAAGCCACAAAGAGUUGGAGAUCGGCUAUUCCCAACAUGGUAUACAAGCAACACCAGUUUUUCUACGACUCUCUCUUUGCUGUAUGCAGCAGUACUCCACGCACUCUAAUGCACUUGGCAAGAUGCGCAAUUCGAGCAGCAAUGUGGACGAGAAUUCACCAAGGUGUCAAAGAACUGUCACUUCCACUUUCGCUUGAGAGGUAUUUACUGCUGGAACCAGAGGAAUUCAUCUUUUAAUGUGUUGACUCCUCUUCACAACCAGCGCACUGACAGAUCGCUGUGUGCAUGCUCUGCACCCAGACCUGGGAAACAGGUGAAAUGAUGUUCCCCCUUCCAUUUUAAAAACAAAAAAGAGAAAACCACAGUGGAGUAAGAGGCAGAGAGCAAAGAAAAAGGACAGGGACCAUAAUACGACAGUUGACGAGAAUAUGUUAAAAACAUCAACUCAUUCAGGUGGUAGCUUUAUGAAUAGGAUGUUAGACACGUCUUUUAUUUUAUUUUUUCUCAAAUUAUUUUUAUAAAAUAAUUUACAUUAAGAUAACAGUGUUUGAAAUUUCAUUCUAAAGCAUUCAAUCUCUAGUUUUUUUGUCAUAGUUUUAACUUAAAAGGUAUCCAAGGUUGGUGAUAUUCUUGAAGUUGCGAACUCUGCUGUACUUCGGGCAUUUCAUUUCAAGUAUCGACUGUGUGAUUUAUGAUGCCACACAGUUAAAAAUCAGAGAAGUCUCCUUUAAAUGAUAAGUGUUGUACAGUAUGCUUAGUGAAAAGAACAUCAAAGAGUGGCUCAAAGAAUCACUUUGAAAUGUAACGGCCUGGUUCUUCAUCAAAACCUCAAAGGAAACAGCAAUGAAGAACAGAAAUAAAUGGGACAUUCAGUUGGCUUUCUUAGUCAAAUAUGCAGGUCCACUGUAACAAAUCUUAAACAUUUGUAUUAUUUAACCCAUUACUGGACUGGCGUCCCUUCUGUGUGUAUCCUGCUUUGCACCCAUUGAAUGCUGGAAUAGGGUCUGUCUCCUCCUUAACCCUGUAUUAGAGAAAGCAGUUAGAAAACAGAAUGUGAAAUGUGUUUAGUCUAAUACAUUCUUUCAUGUCUUUACAAUAUUUUAUAUUAUUUGCAAUACAAUGUUAUACAAUUAUUUACAAUAUUUUGUGUUGUACAGGAACCUAUUUUGGAGGUGAAACCUCUUAACAAAUUAAGAGAAAACAGGAUAAAUUAACAAGAUAUUUUUGUACUAAUCAUUUACAGUAUGAGUUGUUAAAUAAAGUCACCCGUCAUAUCGUACUUACAGGUAUGAGAAUGGACUUUCACCUCUUCACCACACCACAGGUUUAACAAAUGACAGAAACUGCUUCACCUUUUCCUACAGAAUAUACUUGUUGAAUAUCAUCUUCGUUGAGCAAUGGCUAAAAUGUGAAAAUUCCACCUCUGACUAGUAAUUAUUCUCGACCUGUCUUUUAGGAUUGUUUUACAUUAUAAGUAAAGUGAAAACAUUUUCCAAUGUUCAGUCUGCUAGGGAUAUAUGAGCAGUUAUCAAAAGCACAUGUGCACCGAAUACAGAGAAUGCAUUAUAAUCUAGUUUAUCUGUAUAGCUUAGAGGGCCCAGAUGUAUUCCUGGAAGUAAUACUUCAUUUGGACUGAAGGGGCAGCUUUGAUUAUUUUUAUUUAAAAAAAGUAAAUAAGUAAAACUACUGUAAUGGGCUGUAAGUGCAAGAAAAAUGAAGAAUAACACUUUAAAGCUUUGUAUUUAGAAAUGUCACUCCCUUUCAUCUUGCAAAAGUUAAUGUGGCUCUUAUGUUAGAUGAAUACUAAACCUUUAAAUUUUUUUUCUAGCUAUGGCUGAAGAAGUGUUUAAUUUAUCGCAAAGUGUUGCAAUUAUGCGCAGUGUUUGAACUCAGAAAUGACUGCGCUGUAAGACUUUUGUAACUGGCAUGAAAAGCUUCAGGGUCUGACUUGAAGUGGCUGAAGAGUAUUGCUUUGCUAUAUAAUACCCUUAAACGUUAGGAUAUAAAUGGGCAAGAGUAUUACAGCUUUUAAUCUUUUGUCAGGAGAGAUUCCUUAUUGCUCUGAGCAAAUUGCACUUUAUGCCUGCUUUUCACUUUGAUGCACCAUUAAUCCUUUUAGGAACAUGUAGGGGCAAAAAAAGCCUCAUAAUAAUUCACUCUUUUCAGGUUGAAAAGGUUGCUUAAAAGAAGUAAAAGAGCAAAAUGUAAGAGUUGUUUAGGAUUAUGAUUUAUUUCACUUUUACAUAGAAAGGCAGAUUUACUUUCAACCAGGUGAAGGGUUAAUGAUCGAUCAAUAUGUAAUAGAGCCAGCUUCCAGGUACACUGCAACUUAAAUUUAGUUGGCAAUUUCGUCAGCCCAUGAUUUCCAGAGUCCUCAGACUUAUAAUAAUGCAUUUCUGUUCCACUUUGCCGCUUGAAGUGGGAAGAGAAACGAUAUCUUAAAAGAAAAGUCAAAGCACUAAAAUUAAAUAAUGGAGCAGAUUAGAUGUCACUGUCACAUUACUAUGAUCGAAAUUACUGUUCUGUGUCAACUUCAUUAUAUUGAACAAGUAACAGGUUUAUUCCAUGCUGAAAAAAAGAAGAAAGAGAACACAACAUUUCGGCCGUGGAGCCUUC